CAUGUGAGCGAGCAAGAUGGCGGCGCCCACGGGGAGGGCGUGAGGUGGGAGGAGCCAUGUUGCAAGCUGCGGGAGCUGCUCGGUGAGGGCGGCGGGGCCGUGUCCGUCCGUACGGCUCAAGGAUCCCAAAGCACGGGUUUGGGCACCCUCCUCGGGCGGCCUGAAGGGAUCCCGGUGAGAUCCGGCCCGCUCUCUCGGCUCCUGCAUCCUGCCAAGCCCGAACCGAAGCAGGCUCAGUCCCAGAGUAAAACGUGUAGGAAAAGAAGCACUUGAAUCACUGGACUCCAAGUGUAAUCAAGAAGGGUUGGCCUGAGGUGGCUACUGAGAUCCUCUUAUCACUUUUUGCCCCCCUCAGGACAGGGAGAAGGACUUCAAGAUGACAGGAAGAGAGUUUCUUGAACUAGAUUCUCCACAGCAAAGACUAAUUUUGGAAAGAUUUAAGCGGAUGGAAAUCAUACAAAAGAUGUUCAAUGAGCUUCCUAAAUCAGAUCAGAACCUUUGUAAUCAUGGAAAAUACUUCCUAGCAGCAAAUUCAAGCUUAUGUGGCUUAGCAGCAAAUAAUUUCUUCAGGAGCAUCCUACAUGUCAGAAAGGCUUCCCUGGUGUCUGCUAUGCCAAUGGCUGUCAUUCCAUUUCUUUCAACAGCAGUAGUUUAUGAAGCUUUCGUUCAUGACCCUUUAUUUUCAGGUCAGCUGAACUGUGAGGUCUGUGCUGUGAUCAGAGGAGGAUUAGUAGGUGCUGUUGUGGGUGGUUUCUAUCCCAUUUUCCUGGCUAUCCCCUUGAACGGAAGCCUUGCAGCCAGGUAUAUGUCAACUCCCUUGCCAGGGAAAGAAAACUUGUUACGCUACUGGCUCACAACUUCUCAGCCUGUCUUUAGGAAGAUGAGUCUGGGUAUACUGGUACAGGCUCUGACUGGAUUAUAUCUUGCCACUAAACAGCACGGAAUAUAUAUCAAAAUGCUGCUGCAGAUGAACAGUAGCAGGGAUCCUGAAGAGCUACCUGAAUGAAGUAAAGCAACUUUUCAAUUGCCUUGGAUAAGUAACCAUAAUAAACAAGAAAAAUAAGU